CGUGUGGUGGCCAACAUGGUGAUCAACGAGGAGGUGGGGUCGGUGGUGUCCGGCUCGGCCGCGUGCCUCAGCGUGCUGCUCGGCGUCCUCCGCACACAUAGUGUGGACGAGCACGAGGAGCUGGUGCUGUCGUCGCUCUCGAUGCUCAACAACCUGACCUUCUACGCCACCGAGGAGAGCGUGGUGUUCGAACGCCAGGCCGAGGUCACGCACUGCCUGUGCGGAAUGCUGAGGCACGAGCACACCGAGUGUCAGAUCGAGGUACUUCGAGUGUUUGGAAAUCUCACCAGGUGGCCAGCCGUCAGGGAGGCUCUCGCCGACAGACAAGUGGUAUCGCGGCUGGCCGGCCUGCUCGACUCGGACAACCGCGAGCUGGUGUACACCACCGUGGGCGUGCUGAUCAACCUGAUGACAGACCCCGGAAAGCGACAAGAUUUUACCAGCUUCGGCGGCAUCGACAAGCUGGUGCUGGUGCUGGAGGACUUCGGCUACAGCGACUGGCAGCUGGCGGCGCUCGUCUGCAAGGUGCUGUGGAACCUGGGCGCCGACACGGACGACGUGGGCCAGGUCUUCUCCGAGCAGCAGGCCGACCAGCUGGCGGUCGUGCUGGACGAGUACCUCGAUGACGAGGUGUUGUUCCCGGAGACGGGGCUCACAGCCGAGGAGCAGCAGAUCGCCACCAUGCUGCGGCCCCUCUGGGAGGAGUUCGCCGACGUGGCCGCCAGCCUCCUGGAGAAGCUGGACGAGUCGCUGGACGCCGCCGCCGCCGCCGCCGCUGCGCCCACUGAGCACACCAAGACCGCCUAGACGACUCCUCCGCCACCAGCGCCGGCGCCGGCCGCAGACAGCGAGUCCCUCCGGUCGGGAACAGCACCGCGAGGUAUAGGCGGCACCACCA